UUCUUGGAGCAGAUGUAUGUGUCCGUGCAGCACUGGUCAUGGGUAAAAUACCGGACACGGCUGCGACCAGUGGCACAGCUGAUGAAGCUCUCAGUUUUAACAGUAAAGGAACGUGACUUGUACUUUCCUCACUAGUUCAUCACUAGAUGGCACUAUUGAGUUGCAUUUUGAUGACGUAGACUAUGUUUGUCAGCCUUCCGUAUUUUGUACCUCCCCUCCCCUGUUUACCUAGUGGGCAUGGUCCCUCUCGGAGCAUUAAGCUUUGGGUAACACAGAAGGUGCACAGUUCCCUUCAGCGUAGCAAAAUUUCAAUCCCUGAAGACAGAGCUACAUUUUUCCUGGAGGAAUCAGCGGUUCUACAGAAUCUGCUUAGGCAUUUGCCUACUUUUUCAUCAAUAAUGCCAGGAAAAAUCAAAUGCUUUCAAGUUGUUCCUGAAAACAUAAGACGGACUCAUGAAGAGUUUACAAGGCAACUUCAAAAACAAAGAAAUUCUUUGGAGAUAACUACUACCAAGAAAGAGUGUAAAGCCAUUCUGUUUUAUUGUCCCAUUGUUUCACGAGUUGGAACUGACAUACAAGUUGCGCUGCAAAAACUCAAUGAUGAUUAUAAAGACAAAUAUGUUGCUUUAGUGGUGAUCCAUCACACAUUUGACCCAGAGUGCAGUGUACCUGACAGCAGCAGAGUUGUAAAUAAAGAGGAUCCUGAGAAUCCUCUUGUGGUUGACUGUCUGUUCCAUGAGGAUAAAGGGCUGCUGCAGUGCCGUAAGAAUGAUGAAGCUGUAAAGAAGGUCGCAGACUGGCUGCAUUCUGUGAAACACCAAAAACAGGAAAAGUCUGAGAAAAAACAAAAAGGAGAAAGUAAAGCUGAACAAAAAGAAGAAGACCAAACAAAAAAAGGCAUCCGAUCUGUUGAACCAAGUAGAAAGUUUUAUGCUUGUGUAUCUGGAAAGACACUGAAUUCCCACAACGGCUUCAUAGAUCGUCUUAAAAAGCGAAUACAUCUGCAGGAGGUGGAUUCUGUGGAGGAGAGUGAUUUCAUUCUGGGUUUCUGCCCUAUUGUGUCACGAGCUGGAACUGACAUCGAAGCAGCAGUGAAAAAGAUUCAGAAUGUUUCAGACACCAAACCUACUGUUCUAGUGGUGCUCCAUCACACGUUUGAUACAGAGUGUGUUGUACUAAACAGCAGCAAAGCCGUACACAGAAAAAACAUGAUCGCAGUCGACUGUCUGUUCCAUGAAGAUCAGGGAUUACUGCAGUGUGGGAAGAAUAAUGAAUCACUGAACAAAACUUCAGAAUAUAUCAAAUCUAAGGUGAAAGAACUUCAGAACAAAGGGAAGAAGGAAGGAGAAGGUGUAGGGUCAGAACAGAGAAACACAGGAAAAAGCAGCGAUGCACCAGAUAAAGAUACAAAUACGAAACCAGAGACGAUGUAUAAAACACAGGAAAGAGAAAAUGCUCAACAUGAGGGAGAUCAACAACUGAACUCAAACACAGGCAUAGAGAAGGCACAAAUACUUGUGGAGAAAAUGGAGAAAGGACUUGUAGAGAGACAGAAAGAAAUAGAAGAGGUGAAAAAUUUAAAACAAUGUUUAGAGACUACUCAGAAGACUCUUUCUGAGAGAGAUGUCGAGUUAAUGGUCACAAAUGAAAAACUUCAAAAUGCCACUGAACAGACUGAGGAGAAAAACACAGAACUGGAGAAUAUGAAGAAACUGCUGAGUGAGAAAGAAACACAGCUGAAGAACACAGAUAAAGAACUGGAAACCUGUAAAAAUAAACUGGAGACACUGGGACAGGACAAGGAGAGACAACUACAGGACCAGAUGAUCAUACUGGAACAACAGAAAACUGAGUUAGCAGAAACAAAACAACAUCUUGAAGAGAAAGAGAGUCUUCUGAAAGUAAAUAGACAAAUGCUGCAGAUGACACUGGAAGAGAAUGACAAACAGCUCACAGAGUUAAAAGAACUGAGAAAAACAAAUAGGAUGUUAGAAGAAAAUCAGACCCAGAUGAAUGAGAAAUAUAGACGACUGGAGAGUUUGGUGAAUGAACUGAAAACCAGUAAACAAAAACUGAUUCAGGAGAUUCAGGAGAAAAACAGACUCCUUUCUGAAACUGCACAAACACAGCAGAUGAAGGAUGAGACCCUGGAACAGAAGGGCACACAAUUCAAACAGGAGAAAGAACAAGAACAAGAAGGAGGUGCAAACACAGGGAGUGGAGAAUUACCUGGAACAAGCUGUCAUCUGGAUUUAGAGAUUAAAUCACAGGGAAAAAAAGAUCAACCAGUAGAGGAGAUUAUAAAACAGAUAGAGGAUGAAAAUACAGACCUGAAGAACAGCGAGAAUCUCACCCAAGACAAAGGCACACUAUCCAAAGGAACAAAUACAGAAUUAGAGAACAUGGCUAAAGAGCCACAGGAGAGAAAAACAGCUGAAGAUGAGGGAGAUCAACAUCUGGAACUGAAAGUCACACAGGUACAGGAUACACAAAUACAAGCGCAAGAAACAGAGGGGGGAAAUGUGGAGAAGUCUAAAGAAUUCAAAGAGAAAAAUGAGGAUCAGAAGGUUCAAGACACACAUUCGAAAGAGGAAGAAACGGUCCGAAAUGAAUUUUCCGAGACUAAUAAAAACAGUCUUUCUGACGCAGAUGCAGCAUUUAUGCAAACUAAUGAAAAACGUAAAAACGGUAUUGAAAAUAAACAACUUAAAGAGGAAGAGAUUAAUCUAAAGGAGAGUGAGACAGAGGGAGUGGAAAGUGACACACAGUUCAAUGAGAAAGACAAAUCUCAGAAGAACGAGACAGUUGAAGUGCAAAGUGAGGGAAAAGAUGAAUUAUGGAAAACAACUAAGAAAGUACAGGAGACACAGCUGGAGGGGAAAGAGAGUGAACCAAAGAUGGAGACUGUUCAAGACAAUCUGGCAUCUCAGGAACAGCAGCAAGAGGAAAAGGAUCCAGACCUGUUAGGUGAUGGUCCUGCCAGAGCAACAGACAACUGAGCCGGUCAGCAAAGGCAAUUAAACAGCCUGAGAAAGCAUAGAUCUUGGAAGUGACUGGAAAAGACACAGAGCAGGUUAAAAAAAAAAAAAAGACUUCCAAAAGAUCAGACGAAGCAACUGAUGAACAUUAAGGUGUUCCAUGUGUCUAAUCAUAUGUAAGAAAUAGAGUCAUAACUGUUUUCAGCCUUGUAUGUAUUUAUAUUCCACUGCAAUAUGUAUUGAUUACUCUCGGGCCUAUACGGACUAUAUCUUUAUCUAUAUCUUCAUAUAUAUAAUCACAGAAUCUGUCGUUUGAAGGUCUGGUGAGAAAUUUCUCUCUUUGGUCUCAGUGAAAACUUCUCUAUCUAUCUCCUCUGUAGCUUUCCUACAGUUCGCUGUUAUCAACACUGGAAUAUGGUGAACCCCCACUGAAUGAGAUAUUCUCUGUAUAGAUUACGAAAAGAACACUCCAUGUAUUAGAUUAUGCCUGUGAUUGGCAGCAAGCGAAUAAAAGUUAGAAACUAUGGGCUAAAACUGGAAAAUUGUUGGGAGGUGGGAAAACACUGGUAGUAAAACACAGCAGACCAAACUGUGUAUCUUGUACUUUGUCAGCUUUCUAUCCGUAUAGAAAUCUGCUCCGCAUCUGCAAUUGCACCACCUGUGCCUGAAUAUUCAUUAUUGACCAGGUAAAAAAAUUAAAUAAAAAUAAACAUGAAUGUGUAUGAGAGGUCACAUGAUAGCUAUAACUCAUAAACGUCUGUCUGUAAACAAAUGCUAGUAUUUGUCUCGCAUUUCUACACACAAUAUGAAUAUAAGUGGCAUCAAUGAAUUAUUCACUCAGUAUUUUUUUUAUUUAAGGAACAUUAAAUAAGAGAUCUCUUUUCAUAGAAAGAAUGGAAAGCGUACAUGACAGUAUCUUUUCCACCAACUGUAACACAUAAUCAACAUUACAGACACUUUUGGAAGAUUAGUCUAUUUACUGUGCAUGUACUGUACAUGAUGCAUCACAUUCAAAUGACUGAUUGUGGUCGAGUGUACAACAUCGUCUUUGCCAGUACACGUCACCCACGUCUGCUAUGAAUGAAGCUUGAAGUUUCACCAUCACUAGGGGGCAGCAAUGACACAUGUAAGGGGCAGGACAGCUGCCAUGGAGGAGAAGUUAAAGGAACAGCUGUUUGGGGACUUCCACAAACAGACAAACCCCCAACAUUGUUCAUGUUUUCUACAUUCUUACAGUGUUGCAUUUACUCUUUACUGUGGUACCGGAAGUUGUUUAGUUGAUUAAAAUGAGUGCUGUAUUGGAGUA